AGUCUAAAGGCGGGAUUUCCGUGUGGGUGUGUGGGAGACUGUAGGAAGAGGAGGUCAAAUGAAUAAGAGUUUGAAAAACGUGAAGCAGUGUUCAGGAAAGACUGACAGGUAGACAAUUGUAUAGAGAUACAGUAGAAUAUAAAGUUCACAGUGCCGUUAUUAGAGUUUUGAUUCAGAAAGAAGUGCGGCGGUGUUUGUUGUGGUUUGUCUGUGUCGUAUUUGUAGGCAGUUGACAGAUAACGUUAGCUAGCCUAAUGCUAAAGAUAAAUGUCGCGUGCUCGUAGGCAGUUCCAUAACUAACGUUACAACCAGUGUAAAAUUAUGACUUGCUAGACAAAAGUCCGUAUUAUCAUCUGUAUAAAGGUCAUGCUUUGUGCCUCUCAGCAGGCCACUAGCUUUAGCUGCGAAAUUCGUUAGCACUGCACUUUGCUGACAUUUAUUUUGUCUUUGGGAACUUGUGUCACGGUCACACUGCUGUCAUGUUUCACUCUGUGCCCCGUCGUCCGAUCUGCGGGAUCGGUGUAAAUACAAUUAAGCUUCAUAGUGGCAGGUCGUUCAAGUGGACUGUCGAGGAGGGCAAAAGAAAGCUUGAGAGGGUCCCAUGGCUGGGCAGGCGCAUGGGCCUGCUGUUGUCCUGGCUGCAGAGGGCAGGUGUUGGCGCCAGUGAGGCCGCGGGAUCUGGUCAGAAGAGAAAGGGUUUGCUCUCCAUAUUUGCAGACCACUGCGGCUUUGUGACCGGACAGAGGCUCCGGCGUGCUUGUCAGAUCGGUGAGCUUUACUCUAACCUGUACUCCGAGCGGACCAGGUGGACCCUGGUUGGUAACAUAUGGCGCAGAUUUCAAAGCAAGCACGCCCCCACUGGGAAGCUGUUUGCGGCGCUGGCUGGUAUCUUCAUGUGGGAAAAUGAGAAGAUUCAAGAUGAGGAAAUUCACAGGUGUGGACUUGAGCUUCAAGCGAUGGAGAAUGUAAAAUGUCUAAACACAGCCUCAGGGACAGCGAACAGACUUGAACCUGGUUGGGAAAUUGUUGUGGAGAAAAAAGGCUUUAAAGUGUGGAAGAAACCUAUACCUGACAGUCACCUCUACGAGUACAGAGUGUUGGGCUCAUACAAUGAUGUCACUCCAAGGCAGUUCUUCAAUGUACAGUUGGAUACGGAGUACAGAAAGAAGUGGGAUGCACUGGUUAUUAAGCUUGAAGUGGUGGACAGAGAUGUCUAUACAGGAUCUGAAGUUGUGCACUGGGUUACACACUUUCCAUAUCCCAUGUACUCCAGGGACUAUGUGUAUGUGCGCCGCUAUGAUGUUGACAUAGACAACAAUCUGAUGGUCCUGGUAUCCAGAGCCGUGCAGCAUCCCAGAGUCCCAGAGACUCAGGAAUUUGUAAGAGUCCAUGCAUACCAGUCAAAGAUGGUCAUCCGCCCUCAUAAGUCCUUUGAUGAGAAUGGAUUUGAUUACCUGCUGACCUACAGUGACGAUCCUCAGACUGUCUUUCCCCGUUACUGUGUGAACUGGAUGGUGUCAAGUGGUAUGCCUGAUUUUCUGGAGAAGCUGCAUACUGCUGCCCUGAGGGCCAAGAACUUGGAAGUGGGGAUCUACGACUACGCAAGUGUCAUUAAAUCCAGUGAUGCCAACCGGCAACCGAGCCAGGAGCGCCUUGGUGGAGAAAAGCCACACACAGGUGGUCCAGGACAGAUCUACGCUUGAGAUGGAUAUUUUAUAAAACUGGGGUUAUGUAGGUGUGUUUUCACGUGCACUUGAACCUCAAUCAUACCCUCCAGCCCAACUUUUAGGUAGAUUGCAUGAACUGCAAAUGGAAGUUUCAACCUACAUUAAAGACAAAUGUACAGUAUGUCCAUCCAUAGACCUGGCCAUAUUGGUUGUAGAUAAGAUGUCACAAGAACAAUGGACUGUAUUGAUGGCAGCAUUACUGUCCUUUGGGGAAAACGUUGCCAUAGAAAUCGCGUUCCAGACUGCUGGCAUUGGCACUAUUUUUGCUUAGCCAGGCAGUAUGAUUGGUAAUGAUUUGUUUGUUUGUUCCCAGUAGAAAAUGCUUUUGCCAAAACACUUUCUCUUAUUUGUACAUUCUAUGUCUUGUCUUCCAUUGUUCGACAGGGCUCAACUUUAAAGGUUGUUCAGACCGCAUGCAGCCACAAUACUGUAUUCGUGUAUGUGUGUUGUGAUUUCAGCGACAUGUUGCGGAUGUGGUUGUGCAGUAUCGGACAUAGAACGGUAACUAACUGCUGAUGGACGUCUUCACUGAAACAUAAAACUAUAAAAGUACUGCCACAAAUUCUGCUCUGAUGAAGGAUUGAGGGAAAUCUUCCUCUUCUGGGAAAACUUGACAACUUUUCUUCAUUUCGUGUAUAUAAAAAAAAGAAACAUGAUUUUCACGGGACUGGGUGGGAUGAAUUAAAAACAAACUAAUGAUGCCAUUAUUGGGAAAAUGUCCCCAUAGAUUUGAAAAUGAAAACUCUUAAGACUUCUUUUGUGUUUUGUGGAUUGCAUUGUUUAGCGGUCGGCACAGUCGAGGCUUCAUGCUGUUCAUCUCACCGUGUCUGUUUGAAACUGCCAGCAUUGACAAAACGGCCUUCUGAAGAUAAACCAGUCCUUCAGCAUUAUGGGCAUAGUGUCUUACAACAACAACAACCUAAAUCCUCACAUACAAUGGUACUGAUGCACUUCAACACAGAGACACAUUUUAAUAAACUUUAGAGAAACUUGGAGUACUUGUGCCACAAAGCAAUCCCUUUUGCAUUUCAUAUGAGUUCAAAAUAUUAAGUCUCAAUUCAGCCCAUUUAUUUGUUAUUCUGGUGUCCACAACAGACAUCACUGCAGUUUAUACUGUUGGAGUUAUGUGUGUGUGUGUGUGUUUUCUUUGUGUUACUGUAGAUCUUGUUCAUGCAUAACACCGUUGACUACUGGACAUUAUUCACAAGCUCUGUCACAUGUUUGCCCUGCAUUUUGAUUCUUUAGUUCUUUGUUAUUGUGGGUUUGCUGAAACUCAAUAUAACUCAUCCUUUCAAGUCCCCCUUGUUGCUUUUGUAAUUAAUUUAGCAGGGAGGUGGUUGAGAAUGUAUGAAGAGCUUCACAUUAUGUGGGAUAAAACAUCGCCUAAAACAAACGUACACUGUUUACAGCCUGGUAAUCUGGCAAAAAUGUCAUGAAAUUAUUUUGUGUUUAAAAACAUCUCAUCCUGUACUAAAAUGUAAUCUCAUAUUUGUUGUAGUCGGUACAUCAGAGGGAAUUAUCAGUAACUGUCUCAAGAUAAAGCAGUGUGGUGUGAUCCAGUUGUGUGAAGGAGUAUUGAAUAUUAAUAUAUCCCCACUGUGUGAAACAUGUUUAUAAUUCUAUUCUGGAGUGAUGUAUUUCCAGUUAUUUGAUUCAUAAAAAAUGGCAGUGUAAGUUGUGAAAUACAGAUAUGUUGAAAGUGCGAUGCUUGUUUUUUACAUUAACAAACAACACAGACUUUCACGAGAUCAAAACCCAAUUAAACAUUGUGCAACGUUUGCUAAUGUUCAGCUUGCGAAUGUAACUGUUGCUGUGUCAAAACAAAACUGUUGCUGUGUAACACAAAUGCUGUGUCAUUUGUCGAUGCCUUCGUGCCACCUGCAGAGUUGUCGCAUACUGUUUUUGUGUUUUCUUUCUGCAGGCAAUAUAACAUUUAUUUUUGUGACUAGCUACCACAUGAGAAUAACAGGAACAGAGAAAUGAUUGUGUGGAUAUAAGCUGGUACAUUUAUUACUGUGAUUUCAAGACUAAUUGAAAUGGAAAAUCGACUAAUCAGGUCAAAUAAACAUUAAUGUGUA